AUGUUAUCGAAUAAUAAUAAUGAAAUCAUAAAAAUAGAACAAUUUCCAUCAGAAGAUAUUCAUUGUAUAGCAAUAAAAUUACCAACAAUAGUUGAAAUGCAACUUAGAAAUAAUCAACUUCUCAGAAAUGUUAUUCAUAAUUAUAGACAUCAUGAACUAUAUUUAAAUUUAUCUAAAAAGAAUAAAAUAUCUUCAAUAAAAGCGAUAGACAAACAAGAAGAUAUUCUUGUGGUUGAAGCUAAAUCUUUAUGUCCUAUGGAAUCAAAUGAUACAUUUGAUUCAUCAUCAGUUAUUCUAUCAAAAACUAAAGAGAGUUUUACAAAGCCAAUGAAUCAAAUUCAUAAUCAAUAUAAAAAUAAAAAUCAUAAAAAAGAUAUUGAAGAUGUUGUAAAUGGUAUUGUUAUGUUAACUGAUCAAUCAACUUCUUCAUUUUCAGAUCAAACAGAUAAUAAAAUAGCUAAUGAACUGAUGAAUGCAACACAAAAACAAGGUUAUGCAAUCAAUUGUGAACGAAUGCAUGUUCGUAUGGUAUUAGAUUUAAUUUUAGUGGAUAAUCGUUUAAAUGGUAAAACAAUGAUAUUUCAAUCAGAAUCAAUUAUUUUAUCUCGUAUGAUUCGAAAAAUCUAUCUAUGUACUCAAGUACGAACAUUAUGUUCCUAUGGUGAUGUAAUUACAAUAAUUAAUGAUACUGAUUAUCAACAAAUACGUUUUCGUACAUAUAAACGAAUGUCAUUAUCAUUAGAUGAAUUUAUUGAAAUUUUCGGUGAAAUGUAUCAUACAUCUUAUGAUACAAUUGAAACAAUAAAAUAUUAUUUAGAUGCAAAUGAUAUUAUUGAUCUUGAUACAAAUCUUAUUCAUUCAUCAAUAUUAACAUCAAAACAAAUAGAUGAUAUAAUUGAAUAUAUUGUACGUGAAGAUGCUAUAAGACAAUUAUUAAAAUUAAUAUUUAAUCGAACAUAUAAUAGUGAUAGUCAUAUUGAUUAUGAAUAUCGACAAUUUAAAUUAAAUCUUCCAAUGAAAUUGAAUGAUUUACAUCAAACAAUUAAAAAAUUAAAUGGUUUUAAAACAUUAGAUCAAUUCUAUAUUGAUUUUCAUGCAAAAGAAGUUAUUGAUGAACGAUUAAAUAAAAUUUGUAAAAAAAUUCAAGAUCAUUUAAAUUUACAUAGUUGUAUAACACGUGUUGCACUUAAAAUGAUUGGUGAACAUUUCAAUGGUACAAUACUUAUACCAUUUCUUAAUGAAUUUA